AUGCCUUCAGACAGAAAAGACACCCCGAGCGGCCAAGCCGGCCCCAACAUCGAGGCCGUGGCCAACCUCUCGCUGGCUACCAGGUCCGUCCACGCAGACGACCACAUCUCGGCGCACCGAGCCGUAGCUCCGGCCAUGCACGUCAGCACGACGUUCCGCUACAGCGACGACCCAGACCAGCUCCUAGGAUGGGACAAUAUCGACCCUAGCGCCCCGCACGACUCUCACAUCUACAGCCGCGACUCCAACCCGAACACGACGCGUCUCGAGGCGAUCCUGACGUCCCUCCUGGGCGGUCGGGCGCUGGUGUACUCCUCGGGGCUGUCGGCCUUCCACGCGAUGCUGGUGCAGCUGAACCCGCGGCGGAUCGCCAUCGGCGACGGCUACCACGGCUGCCACGGCGUGAUUGACGUCCUGUCGCGGCUGUCCGGGCUGGAGAAGCUGCCGCUGGACUGCGACCCGUCGGAGCUGCAGGCCGGGGACGUGAUCCACGUCGAGACGCCGCUGAACCCGACGGGCGAGGCGCGCAACCUGGACCACUACGCGCGCGUGGCCCGGGAGAGGGGCGCCUACCUCACCGUGGACGCCACGUUCGCGCCGCCGCCGCUGCAGCAGCCGUUCGGGCACGGCGCUGACAUGGUGAUGCACAGCGGGACCAAGUACUUGGGCGGCCACUCGGACAUGCUGUACGGCGUCGUGGCCGUGCGACCGGGCGCGCCCGGGUGGGAGCGGGGCCUGGCGGCCGACCGCCUGGUCCUCGGCUCCGUCAUGGGCAGCUUCGAGGGCUGGCUCGGCCUGCGCUCGCUGCGGACGCUGGAGCUGCGCGUCCGGAGGCAGAGCGAGACCGCCGCCGCCCUCGUCGCCUGGCUGGCCGCCGAGGCGGGCGGCGACCAGGGCGGCGCGGUGGCCUCGGCCGUGCGCCGCAUCCAGCACGCCAGCCUGCAGCCCGAGGCCGCCGACGACCGGGGCUGGCUGCGCAGGCAGAUGCCCCACGGCUUCGGCCCCGUCUUCUCCGUCUACCUCAAGGACCCGGACACGGCCAAGAGGCUGCCCAGCAAGCUGCGACUGUUCCAGCACGCCACCAGCCUCGGAGGCGUCGAGAGCCUGAUCGAGUGGAGGGCCAUGACGGACCCUCACGUCGACAAGACGCUCCUCAGGGUGAGCAUCGGCGUCGAGUCGUUCGAGGACCUCAGGGACGAUCUGAAGAGGGGAUUCGAGGAGCUCACCGGCAAGGUGACCAAGUAG